GGUUGGUGACGUCACGAAGAGGGAUCUCGUGCGGCUCCGUAUCAGGAGCUCGCGGGGAAACAGGGAAGCUUGAGGAAAGUCUUCAAGCGAAACAGAGCCAGUUCCCACCGGAUAAUAACCGGAGGGUUUUUUUUAUUUUAUGCUGUUUCUUCCUCCGCGAAURACUUCCGAACACCGAGGCAAGAGUUUCCACCCAACCCUGGAAGUCGUUUGGAGCUGAAAAGUUAUCGGUGCUUGGGUGAACUUGUCCCGGGGUCGACGCUGUGUUGUGGUGGAUGUUAGCGACGAAGAACCGGGGAGGGGAGAUGAAAAUGUCGCAGCGCUUUCCGCGCUGAACCGGGGCUCAGUUUUCACACAGGAAAGCGACAAAUAUUUAAGUCUAGGAGACGUAUAAAGGGGGUUUAAAGAUGGCAGAGGCUCGGUCAGAAGAAGAGGAGGAAAACCUGCGGCGAGACACCCGGGAUCAAGUGGUCCGACGACAGCCGAACAGCUCCGGAGGUCGGCCUGACAGACGUAAGCCGGAGCAUCGCCACAGCCAGGGUCCUCUCUCGUCCAUCAGAGCUGUCAUCAAGAGAACUUCGAGGUCCACGACUGUCUCAGAGACGCACAGAGACAGAGAACGAGACAGAGACAGAGACAGGAGGCGACCGGAGAUCACCAUCUUGGCAGCAGAGCCGCUGCCCUCCACAUCCUGGUUUCCUGGAGCCGUUGGAGGGAUUCCUCCACCUCCUCCUCCGCCUGCGCAGAUCUGGGGACCCACGAUCGCUCCGACGAUUCAGCCGCCUCCUUCCUAUGAGGAGGUGAUCAGAGAGAAAACACAGGAGCAGGUUCUCCAUCCUCCUGCCCCCUCCUCUUCCUCCUCACCUUCGGUUUGCAGAACCACCAUCGCCACACAGACCGACCCAGGACCCGCCGCCGACCCUCAGGAGACUCGCGAUAGAAGAUCAACGAGGCCCCCCCGGCCGCCUCCUCCUUCCUGCACUUCCAGACCUCCGAAUGCUGCUGAUGUCAUCAUCACCUCCAGCCAAUCAACUGUUAGCUCUUCUGAGGCGGACAGCGUAGAGACCAACACACAUCCUGAGCCUCUAACACACACCUCCACACACACGCAAUGCUCUGACUUCCUCAGUGACCAGCAGUUACCUUCGGCGUCAGCAUUGCCUGACCCAUCCCCAGAUGUGCCCUUGGAGCGCCCCAGGCCACGCCCACGCACAAGGCUAGCUCGCCAGCCAGUUAGCGACGAGGUUAAAGUUCAGACUUUGGUGAAGCUGCGUGAGGACGGUUUGGCAACGUUAGCGGCGCGUACAGCAAGCGACGCCACCAACCCAGAGGGGAGCAACGGGAAGUACCUGCAGGAGCUGCUGGAGGCGUUCAGCUCCGACGACUGGGGCUUCCCUGAUCACUGCAGCGACGACAGCGAGCGCAGCCAAUCAGAGAGCGAGGACGGAGAGGAGGAAGAGGACAUGGCGACUCUGAGAGCGAGGAUACAAGCGUUCGAGCAGCAGGUCGCUGACGAGAGCUGUGGAGACUUAAAUACGGGGAAUGUUGAGGGUUUCGUUGUCACAAAAAGACCAGAGCCUCGACCUCGGCCUCGUCUCCAGGGGCAACCGGCCAAAUCAACCCCACCUGUCAUCGCUCCAAAGCCCAAAAGCUUUUCACCUUCCCCCAAGCCCUCCAGCAAGGUAUUCUGGGAAGACGAAGGUGUUGCUGUGGAAUCAGGCAGYGUAGAAACGGCAGAGUCAAACCCUGAAGCUCCGUCUUCUGCAGAAGCAUCAAAAUCUGAUCCAGGGUCAGACAYCAAACCUUCCCAAACCCCUGAAAAACCCGCCACAACUCCAAAACCACAGACUGUUACAGAACCGCUCCCAUCCWGCGCCCCAGUCCCGGCGCCCCGRCCGCCUCCACCCAAACUCACGUCCUCCAUCAGCAGCGACUCCUUCCCCCUGAACACAGGACCCCCAAAGAGGCCUCCGGUCGCCCCCAGAGCCAGCCUGGGCGCGCCGCCGCAGAGUGGAGGCGAAGCUACGCAGAACACUGUGACCCAAACAGUGAAAGGAGGAAGUAUCCGUUCCACCGUCAAGCCAGCAGCACCGACUUCCCCUCGCAGAGCCAGCGCCCCCAGUCUGGCUCCCAAACCAACUGCAGUGCCACCGGCGCGUCCAGAUCCAAACCCAGUCCCUCUGAAAGCUGCAGCGGUCAGUCCRGCUGCACCCACCAAACCUCCAGGACCACCGAAACCUCCGACUCCGACUCCGGCCCCCGCCGUGAGGAAAGCCUCUGUUCCCCAGGCCAAAGCUGAAGCUAGCAUCCCUGCUAACCCAGCGUCUGCUGGGCCGACUCUCCCUCAGCGUCCAAGUGUUAAGCUCCUCCCUCUUCGUCCUCCACCAAUCAAAUCCGCCCCCAGCAGACCGCCUCCCCCAGCAAUWAACUCCUCAACCAAUCAGAUCGCUGCUGSYAAAGYUGAGCMGUUUUCAUCRGCCAAUCAGAUGCAGACUCAGAGGGCRUCAAAGAAAGGCCCGCCUCUGCCGCCKCGCCCCAAACCUGGACACCCUCUGUACAUCAGCUACAUGAAACAGGAAGUCCURAUCGUUCUUGACGAUCCAAACCCUGCGUCUGUCGAGUCGCAGCAGGYGGGUGAAGGGUCGGAUCAGAGCGGCGUUACGGCCGACAUCAGCCCGUCUCAGUGUCUCCUGGACCUGGACACCCAGCCAGAGACGGUCCAACAUCAGGACGGCGAGUCGAAAACGGCCAUAGAAGACCUCAACCCGUCUGACUUCCAGUCCAUUCUGCCUGUCCAGCCUGCUGAGCUCAAAGAGCAGCCGGACCUUCCUGCUGUCAGCGGCCCGCGAUGCGUCGCUCUGUUUGACUACGAAGGAGAGGAUGAGGAUGAGCUGACCUUCUCUCAGGGCGACGUCAUCGGCCUCCUGGAGCUGGUUGGCCAGGAGUGGGGCCGGGGCCAGAUCCACGGCCGAACGGGAAUAUUCCCACUCAACUUCAUGGAGGUGGUGGAGCCUCUUCCAGAGCCGACGCCAGGAGAAACUGGAGAAACGGAAAGCCCUGCAUCACUAAAACAACCAUCAGAUUUAAAGACAGACGAGUGGGYGGUGGCUCUGUUCGACUUCCCGGGUCAGACUACAGAGGACUUGUCCUUCCAGAAGGGGGCGCUGAUUCAAGUGACGGAGCAUGUGGAUGCAGAGUGGAGGAGAGGACAACUGGAUGGGAGGGAGGGGCUUUUUCCUGCUGCUUUCACACAACCCAGUCAGGCUCAGCCAAUCACAGGCCAGGAGUCUGCAGCUAAAGGAACGGCUAAAGCUGUGUUUGAUUUCACAGCAGAGAACCAGGAUGAGCUCACACUCAAGGUCGGUGACAUACUAACGCAGGUGGAGCUGGUUGAUGAGCAGUGGAUUCUGGGAGUUGUAGGCGGAAAACGUGGGAUUGUGCCUAAAAACUACAUUUCAUUCCUCUGAUGAGGAGUUUAGCAGAUUUUUGAACUUUUGACGACAUCACAGGGAUGUUUCCUGUGUUGUUGUUUUAUCUAGCAUUUUCGGAUGAAAACAUGAAUAAAUCCAUUCCAGUAUUUCUAUUUUAUUUUACUUUUUAUUGCCAGGUGGCUAUUAAAGGACCUGAAUGAGCCUGGAUAGUUUUUAUUGUUAACUGGAGAUGGAGGGAGUCUGUAAUCUCAGAUUUAGACAUUUGAGAUUAAAGGAAAUGAUUACACAUUGAUGAACUGUUGAUAGUUUUAUUACUUUGUUUCCUCUGGACUUGAUAAUUUCUUUUUUAUUCACUGUUUUUCCUGACCAAUAGGAGAACUGGAUCCAUCUUGAAUUUUAACGCCAUCAUGGGAUUUGAUCACUGCUUCGAAGACCUUUCUCUCUUCAGUCUCUUUUUGCAAUUAUGACCUGUUAGUAAAUACAAAAUAUGCAAUUAAUUCACUUUAAUUGAACUGUAAAUUGAUUGUGCAAAAUAAAGCCUUUGUUUCCUUUUUCCAA